AUGUCGACAUCUGCGCCAUCGGCCAAGCGCCAGCAAGAUCUUCAAGUGCAAUACAGCAACUACAAGAACACAUUGCAGCAAAUCGCUCAGAAAAUUGGCGAUGUGGAGCAAGAAGCAGAAGAGCAUAAGCUUGUUCUAGAGACCCUGGGACCUCUGCCGGAGGAUCGCAAGUGUUUUCGUCUCAUCAACGGCGUUCUGGUGGAGAGGACGGUGAAGGAGGUUGUGCCUGCCCUGAAGACCAACGCCGAUGGGCUGAAGAAAGUUCUGGAGGAUCUGGUCAAGCAGUACAAGUCUCGGGAGGAGGAGCUGGAAAAGUGGAAGAAGAAGAACAACGUUCAAGUUGUCCAGUCCUGA